AUCCGUCUAACUACAUUUAGUCAAAUUUAUGACGGACAGUUGACCUGCAUGAUCGAAUAAAAAAUUAGGUAUUUCGUAUCUGGUGUCACUUUUGCUAGGUACUUGACAGUACGCGAAACCUGGUCAUUCACAACCAUGUCCCCCUCGGCAGUCGAUCAUCUUUCUGACGAUGCCGCGCAGGACGCAGCCGCUAAACUGGCCCUUAGUGAAGGCCUGCUAAAGCGCGCCGUGUCGCUGCAGUCCGAACUUCAACGUUUCGCGGACCAUCUUACGGAAGUAUACAGCGAUUACUUCCAGCACAUGCCGACGUAUGUGCAUACAUCAUUUACUAGCGAACUGAAGGCCGAGGUCGAAAGCUUAGAGAGAUCUCUCCGUGAUGUCAAGUCAUCAGAUCCUCUGGCUUCGCAUCGCGUCCAGUCUACCAAUCUCCCCUUCCUCGAACCCGUCUGGGACACGGCAAAAAGAUCCCGCGAUGUGGUGAGGUUGCGAUGCGCUGUAUCUACUGGCCCGUUUAAGAAACCGAUUCUCGCUCCGGGUACGCGCAUUGUUCGGACCCAAGGCGAAUCACAGCCCUUCCGGUCGGGCAGCUUUAUUAUUGAUGUGAUCGCAGAUGGCGGUCAUUCGUGGUAUAAAGUUUCCUCAAUGACCAAUAAAAGGCUACUAUUUGACCUAGCGAAGGAAGCGAUAUUCUGCGGAGAUAGUGAUGACGACGAGGAGAGUGGCGCCAAUGUGAUCCAAGACUACUCGGAUAUCCCACUAGUAAAGCUAGCUAGGAAUCUAGCUAACACAGCUAAAGGACAUCGUAUCCAAACGAAGAAUCCAAGUACCUUUCUUAUCCUACCACGCAUAAAGGAGGGAGAAAACCCUGAAGUCGACAAGGUCCUCGACGCUUGUCGCCAGCUAGGCGUCAAUACGCUGUGUAGCGAUGCCUUACCACCCGCUCCACCUCUCACAGAUGAUCUCCUUCACAUAAUGGCCCCAAGUCCAAAAGCCGAUUUUACGGAAGUCUUGAACAUUGAUACCUCUCUUCUCGUUGCUCUUGCGUCUGACUUUUCUCAUACCAAAGUCACUAAACAGCCUUGGUUUAGCCAUUCGCAUAAUGAUCAUGCUGAUCUAGAAAGCGAGCAGUCGAUGCUGUCCCUGGUCUAUCCAAUGAUAGGUGAUCAUAAGCUUGUCUGCACGAAGGAAGCAGCUGAAACCUUUUUUCACAUCGUUGACACCUUAGCUACCGAGUCUGAAAAGGCUCGUGCCUAUCUGAUACUUGGCUCUGAUUCUGGGAAAUCCCAGGAGCAGCGAGUCGAGGAGUUACAGUCGCUGUCGAUUCACAAUGUUCCAUCUAAUUUACAAUUCCCUAUUAAUAUUAUUGACAUGAAUGAAAAUAACUGCCAGGCUCGCUUCACUGAUCUCAUCAAGGAGAAGCUUAAUGGUGUGUUAAAUCCUGGAAGGUCUGUCUUUUCCUACGGCUGGGCAAGCGGGCGCACGACGUUGACCUGCAACUCGGUCUUCAUUAAGCAGCUCGAGAAAGACCUUGAGCAGCUCCCCACUUUAGGAGACGUACCUUGGCCCUCAAUAUGGGCCUUCUCUACGUCGAGGCCGUUUGUCGGCGUUCCCAAGGAUAUUCGGAAACGCAUACGGAAGCAUAUCGGGGACUGCAGCGUGUCUUGCACUUGUGGAAUCGUGGAGCUUUACGGCCACCAGAGUAACGUUACGAUUUUAUAGCAUAUAAAUAUCGGUAGGAAUAUGUCAACAUCAUGUUGUCUUCAUCGUAGGUCUUACCUUGCGGAAAAAGCUGUACAAAGCCUCGGUAUCUGAUAGCACGACAAUGCCUGAAGCGACUCCUCUCGGUUGCUCGGGAUCUUCUGUCUCGGUACCUACCUCUACCCAGUGUGACAUGAACUACCUGCUGGAUGUGAUUUUAUAUCUUAAUCCAUUGGCCGAAGGACGAACCUAUACCAAUCAGUCAAGAGCCGAUUUAGUAAAGUUUGUUUAGCCGAAUAGACCUUUUUUUUUCUUUUACCAGUCUUUCGACGCGC